ACAGGCUAAUGAACAAAUAGUCAAGUCAUUGUAGACUUCUAACUCUAAAUAUUAACAGGUUUGGGUUUACAGAUAUUGAACUACAGUCAUGGUGCAAUGGUCAAGUUUUACAAACAGCCGGUAUUUAACACUAGCCGCCACUGCUGUGACUGCAAUAGCUGCCUCUGUGUACUUUACUAUGAAAAAGAAAAAGAAAGUCUACGAGCUUGUUGGAGAAGUGUCUGGUCUCUAUUGUUACCCAGUCAAGUCCUGCGCAGGUAUUAAGGGGGAUGUUGCAUUUUGUUCAAGCACUGGUUUAGUGGUGUCAGGUGUCAAAGACAGGCACUUUUUAAUAGUCCGCUCCAAUGGUGACUUUAUUACACAACGUCAGAUUUCUAAAAUGGCCUCAAUCAAAACAUCAGUGGAUGGCCAGGAUUUGAUUCUAGAUGCAGAUGGUAUGGCUUCAUUAAAAGUUCCCUUAUCUCCAAAGCUGGAUGAAAGUAAAAUAAUUCUCUGUAGAAUUUUUCAAAGUACCCUAGAUGCACAGGACUGUGGAGAAGAAGCAUCCUCAUGGAUUAGUUCUGUGUUGGGGGAGGAGGGUCUGAAGCUUGUUGUAUUCAUUCCAGGGGUCAGCAAGAGACAAAGUGUAGCAAAAAAUUCAUUAGCCAAAGACCAGAUUGCAUUUCCAGAUAAAAGUCCUUAUCACUUAGCAACAGAAGAAUCUCUAGCAGACCUAAACUCAAGAAUAGAGAAAUCACCUAAUGGGAAGAUUACUAUGAGUAACUUUCGACCUACUAUUAUUAUAAAAGGUGCAAAGAAACCUUGGGAUGAGGAUAACUGGAGCCAUUUGAAAAUUGGAGGAUCUGUUGAAAUGAGAGUACUUGCCCCUUGUGACAGAUGUCUACUAACAACUGUAGAUCCCAAUAAAAGUGAGAGAAGAGAAGAUGGGGAGCCACUCAAAACUUUGAGAAAAUUUAGGAUCGUCACUGAAGUCAGCUCUACAGCUCCACUUUUUGGCAUUUUUGCAGCUGUAGAUACUGAGAACUCUAUAAAAAUUGGUGAUCCAGUGUAUGCUGUGAGGCAAACUACAGUCAUGGUGCAAUGGUCGAGUUUAACACUAGCCGCCACUGCUGUGACUGCAAUAGCUGCCUCUGUGUACUUUACUAUGAAAAAGAAAAAGAAAGUCUACGAGCUUGUUGGAGAAGUGUCUGGUCUCUAUUGCUACCCAGUCAAGUCCUGUGCAGGUAUUAAGGGGGAUGUUGCAUUUUGUUCAAGCACUGGUUUAGUGGUGUCAGGUGUCAAAGACAGGCACUUUUUAAUAAUUCGUCCAAAUGGUGACUUUAUCACACAACGUCAGAUUUCUAAAAUGGCCUCAAUCAAAACAUCAGUGGAUGGCCAGGUUUUGAUUCUAGAUGCAGAUGGGAUGGCUUCAUUAAAAGUUCCUUUAUCUCCAAAGCUGGAUAAAAGUAAAAUAAUACAGUGCAGAAUUUGGGUUAGUACUCUAGAUGCCCAGGACUGUGGAGAAGAAGCAUCCUCAUGGAUUAGUUCUGUAUUGGGGGAGGAGGGUCUGAAGCUUGUUGUAUUCAUUCCAGGGGUUAGCAAGAGGCAAAGUAUAGCAAAAAAUACUCUAGCCAAAGACAAGGUUGAAUUCCCUGAUCAAAGUGCUUACCUUGUAGCGACAGAAGAAUCUCUAGCUGACCUCAACUCACGAAUUGAGAAAUCACCUGACGGCGAGGUCACGAUGAGAAACUUUCGACCCAAUAUUGUCAUCAAGGGCACGAAGAAACCCUGGGAUGAGGAUAACUGGAGCUUUUUAAAAAUUGGAGAAUCAAUUGAAAUGAGAGUGCCUGCCCCUUGCACAAGGUGUGUGAUGACCACAGUUGACCCAGAUAAAUAUGAGAGGCGAAGUGAUGAGCAGCCUCUGAAGACUUUAAAAAGGUUUCGGAUCUUCGCUCAAGAAAAUCCAUCUUCUCCGCUGUUUGGAGUAUUUGCAGCUGUUGAUUCUGAAAGCACGAUAAAAGUUGGUGAUCCAGUUUACGCUAGACAAAUUAAUAAAUGGGACAUGGCUGACUUAUGCUUCUUUGGUCAAUCUUCAUUCUUCUGCAGCCAUUUUCUCAUUGUUGAUGCCACGGGCGAUUACGUCACAGCCCACCAGACGGCGCAGAUCGCUGGGAUUAAGUCUUCAGUAGAUCAGCAGGAACUGGUCCUGGAAUUCGACAAUGUACCUGAGCUACGAGUACCUUUAAACCAUCAGGUGGACUUAGCCAAAAUAGUACCAUGCAGACUGUAUUCCACGCCAUUUGAAGCCCAGGACUGUGGCCCAGAGGCUGGGGCCUGGUUAAGUCAAGUCUUACAGAUGGAGGGCCUCAAGCUGCUAGUCCUGCCCCCGGGGCUGAAGAGGAGGGUCGGGCGCUGUGCUCAGUCGACCGUUAAAGACCAGAUUGCCUUCUCAAACCGAGCCCCAUACCUGAUCGCCACAGAAGAAUCUCUGGCAGACCUCAACACAUGGAUCAGCCCAGCUCCAGAAGGGGAAAUAACCAUGAGAAAUUUCAGACCCUCCAUUGUCAUCAAGGGCAUUGAGGAGCCGUGGGAUGAGGAUAACUGGACUGAAAUAAUGAUCGGUAACUAUGUUUACAUGAGAGUCUUGCAGCACUGCGGAAGGUGUCCUCUCACUACUGUUGACGCUGAGAAACUACAGAAACGGGAAGAUGGCGAGCCAUUUAAAACACUGAGAAGACGUCGCCUGUUUCCAUCAAUCAACACCACGUCGCCAUUGUUUGGUGUUUACUGCGGGCUGGAGUCAGGGGGGACCAUCCGUGUUGGGGAUAAGGUCUAUGCUGUCAGAAGGAGCAUGCACAGUACCGAAGUAGCCUAGUAGAGAAUUGAUCUUUUGUUGCUCCUCGUCCAUAUGUUGGCAUGUUUGAUGUAGCUAUUUAACACAAUUUAUCUGAUUUAAAAACUGACGAAC